AUGGCAGACACACACAACAUUGUCAUCCUAGGCGCGUCUUAUGGUGGUAUUGGCGUGGCCAAUGGCAUUUCCAAAGCUAUCACUUCCCUCAAGUCGCAGACAGAGAAGACAUACAAGAUUACCCUUAUCGCAAACAGCACGCACUUCUGGUACUCGGUCGGUGCGCCGAGAGCCAUGCUGAAACCCUAUCCAAAGUCCAACGACGAUAGCUUCUUCCCUAUCUCCAAAUUCGUCGAGCAGCAACCAGCAGGACAGGUAGAAUUCAUACACGCCGAGAUAACCGACUUAGACACCUCCAGUCGCGAGGUCUACUACAAAACCAAGGACGCAAAUGAAGACAUUUCAGCCACCGCCUCAUCUCUCCACUUCGACACCCUAGUCAUCGCCCUCGGUUCCAAAGGUGCCAGUCCCCUAUACAGCCUUCAAGGCAGCCAUGUCACCACCCUCAAAGCCUAUGAAGACAUCCAAUCGCGCCUCCCAUCCGCAAAAUCUGUCAUAGUCGUCGGCGGCGGCUCCGCAGGCGUUGAAACAGCAGGAGAACUUGGUGACCUCCACGGCAGCAACUCUUCAUCCCCUAAAGACAUCACCAUCUUUUCGGGGAGCUCACGCCUUCUGACCGGUCUCCGUCCCGCCAUCGGCACACGUGCAGAGGAAAUGCUGAACGCCCAAGGCGUGAAAGCUGUGCAUGAUGAUCUCAAGCUGCAGAGCUCCAAGAGACUGCCUGAUGGGCGGGAAGAAGCUGUUUUCUCCGACGGCUCUACACGCACGGUCGAUAUCUUGAUCGUGGCUACUGGUCGUUCGCCCGCUUCGUCUUUCCUGCCAAAGUCAUUACUUGAUGCCAGUGGCAAAGUGAAGACCGACGAUUUCACACGGAUCCCUGGCGUUGAUUCCGCGUAUGCAUUGGGUGAUAUUGCUUCCAUUUCACCUGGAGGUUUAGUAGCCAUGAUGACGAUGGUUGGGACUACGUAUGGAAACGUGAUUGCGGAAUUGAGUGGGAAGGGCAAAGGUAAGGGGUGGAAACCGUUGACAACGAAGGAGAUGCAGCUUGUGCCUGUAGGUCCAAAUGGAGGCGUUGGCGCAGCCUUCGGAUGGUGGUUGCCAAGUUUCGCUGUGAAGAUGAUCAAGUCAAAGACCUUUAUGUUUGAUAGGGCCGAGAAGUGGGCUUUGGGUCAGGCGACGUGA